AUGACCGCGCUCACCACCCCCAAAAACUUUCCCCCCAUCUCAGAAAUCCUCCCAUCCCCCUUCCCCGCCGGUUCCAAAACCGCUUCUGCGAAAGUAAACGGCAUAGAUACCAACGUAACCUGCAUGUAUUUUGCCGACAAAUUUCUGAUUACCAUCACCCAAGGCGGGAGAUUAGGACAAUGGAUCCAAAUCCCGCUUACUUCUGCAUCUCCUACGUCGUACGAUACGUCGAUACCUCUUCCUUCAGCCUCGAAUGAUACCGGAAAUGGAGGGGGAAAUAUGAUACUCCCGCUUGAACAUCUCACCCCACGAACAUUACUUGGGGCGGGUGGAGAGAAGAGAGAGAGGAUUGGCCAUUUGUAUGCGAGUCAGAUCGGGUCGAUGAUCUUAGGACGGGAUCCAGAGGAGAGGAGGACGAUAUUGGUAGGGUUGGGAUUGGAGUUGGCCGAGAAAGAGGCGAGGGAGGGAGAGAGAGACGGCUAUUUUGAUUUGUUGGAAUUGGUUCAGGGGGUUUUAUGA